GGCCUCCGCGUCGAGACAUGGUCCAUGCUGCCAACAGGCUCCGGUCUGGGAACCAGCAGCAUCCUGGUAGGCACCGUGCUCGCGGCUCUGGGUCGGGCGUGCGGACGGGCGUACAGCGUGUGCGCCCUCAACCACGCUGUAUUGGAGGUUGAACAACUCAUGGACGUUGGCGGCGGGUGGCAGGAUCAAGUCGGAGGACUGGUCGGGGGCGCGAAGCGGGCGUACUCGGCACCUGGCCUUCCACUGCGUGUGAAGUAUGAGACACUGCCCCUCUGUCCCGCCGUACGCGCGCGCUGGGAGAGGCAUCUUCUGCUAAUCUACACCGGUCGGGCACGCUUGGCUUCAAAUAUUGUACGGUCUGUCGUGCGACGGUACUAUGCGCAAAGCCCUGAAGUACUCGUCACCCUCCAGGGCCUUGUCCACGGCGCACGUUCCGCG